CUGGGUGUACCUAUACCUCAUCUUUGCCCAAAGUUAGGUUGGAACCAGCAACCCUGUGACCCCAAAAGAGAUUUUGCGGGUUGUAAUGAUGAAUCCAUGGAUUUAAAUUGUAGUGUUCACAAUGCGGAUUUAUCAGUAGACUAACAUCCCUUUUUUUGCUAUUGCACUGUAUGAGACUAAGACAGCAGGAGGAAGUCCAACCUCAAAAGCUGGUGUGGAGUCCUUCAGUACACACACUCUGAACUGCUGCCAAGCCGAGAACGAUGAAUCCUGUUCGCCCAUAUGCACCUCUCCAGGACGAGCCUGUUCCGCUGCAGGACACUCCACAUCACAUGUACCCCGGACAGCUUCAUGGGCCUGAAGCUGCAGGGGGUCAGCAUACUAUUGUCCUCCAAUCUGAGCCCCCCAGGGACCACAUCAUCUGGUCCCUCUUCUGCUUUUUUUACUCCAACCCAUUCUGCCUGGGACUGGCAGCUCUCGUCUUCUCCAUCAAGUCCAGAGACCGGAAGAUGGUCGGAGAUCUGGAAGGCGCCCGUCACUAUGGCUCCACCGCUCGCUGUCUCAACAUUGCAGCCACCAUCAUAGUGUGCAUCACAGCUCUCAUUGUCAUUAUUGUCGUUGCUGUUGUUGCAGGUCAAGUGUCUUAUACAUAUAGAACAGGGCAUUACGGAAAAUAAAUGUUGUUUUAAUUACAACUUGAAAUUUUCUCUGAAAUUUGAGAUGCUGUUUUGUGAUUUGACAGUUUCACUUUCAUCUUUGAAAAGAUAAAAUACAAAAAUAUAUUUUCAAACUUUUUUUUUUAACUUCCAUGCGCUGAAACUAAUACUUUUUUAUUAAUUUUUUUGCCAAAUCUUAGUUUUUGUUAUUUUAUUUUUUGCAAUGCUUUGUUGCUGCUAAAUCUCUUUUAAGAUUUUUUUUUUUACAUCUGACAAAAUGCUUUCUAGAAGCUCAUGAAAGAACAUUUAUGACCAAACGCUUAAACAGUUUGCUUUUUCAUGACAAAACUGAACUAUGUUUUAACUCAAAAUUAAAGGCUGUUAAACAAAGUAAAGUGUACUGUUUUAAUAUUUUUAAAAAAGGCUUAAACAGCUGACAAUUUAAGAAUCCCACAUAAACAGAAACACAAAACCUGUUUUUUUGACUGAGUGAAUAUAAAAAAAGUUUCUAACGAGAUUUAAAUAGAUUUGAUCAAGACAGCGAUACGUUAAGCUUGUAUAAAAUCAUUUUACUUUGAGUUCAUCUAAAAUUACAUUUUUUCGUCCAGACAUUUGGUAGAAGGUGGCUUCUCCAUAAA